AUGAACCUGGGGUCGCCAGCUGUCGCGCAGUUCAAGCAGUGGCUCGAUCGGCUGCAGGAUGGAGUUGCCAAUGAUGUGCGCCUGCCGCGCGCGAAUGUACUGUACAAGUUCAAACACGUCAGCAAUGCCUUCGUGGCGCGUUUGACACCUAAGCAGCUGCAGCAGCUGAAGCGGCACCCAGCAGUUGCCGAAGUCAAAUCCAACUACCAAAUCAGCAAGCUCACCACCGACUCUGCAAACUUUCUAAACCUGCCCGGGACUCUCUGGACCGCCCGGGGCCGCGAGCGGGCAGGAGAAGGCGUAGUCGUGGGAAUAGUCGACACGGGAAUUUGGCCAGAACACCCUUCAUUUUCCUCGAAUGUUACUCCACCUGAACUUCCAUAUCCUAACCCUCCACCUACCUGGAAAGGCACCUGUCAGGCAACGGCGGACUUUCUGUGCAACAGAAAGGUGAUUGGCGCAAGGUUUUUCAAUGCCGGGUUCCAGGCGUGGUUCGGGCAGGAAGACUUGCGAGCUGAUUGGACGUCGGCUCGGGAUGCGGACGGGCACGGCACCUGGUGUGCAUCAGCGGCAGCAGGAAACAGCAACGUGCCCAUUGUGCUGCCUCCCCGCAAGACAACCAUCGGCAACGCCACUGGCAUGGCACCCCGCGCCUUCCUCGCAGCCUACAAGGUCUUCUGGGGCAACGCCAACACGGGCGGGACCACUGCCACGUAUGCUGACGUGGAGGCAGCUGUCGACGCUGCUGUCGCUGAUGGGGUUGACGUCAUCUCGCUCUCCCUGGGCGGCGCAGACCCCAGUGCCACGUAUUUUACAGAUCUGCCGUAUUUAUAUGCGAAUCUGGCCGGAGCGGUGGUGGUUUAUGCGGCGGGGAACUCUGGUCCGCCGCCUCUCACCUCCUCCAUGUAUCGUAGUAUCUCCAACUUCUCGCCGUUCUACCUCACUGUUGGCGCCAGCACCAUCGCUCGCAGCUACGUUUCUUCAGCCACGCUGGGCGAUGGCCGGGUUUUGAAGCUCUAUGGCUUCGGCUCGGGGAACGUAGCGGUGCAGAGACUGGUGCUGGUGGAGGGGAUUGCAGUGCGGGCAGCUGGGAAGACUGAGACCGAGGGUCAGUAUUGCUUCACAGGCUCACUGAACGCCACCAAGAUCGCCGGCAAGAUCGUGCUGUGCUCGUAUGGAUGGACCAGCACCGGCAGCAAGGCAGCAGAGGUUGCUAGCAAGGGCGGCAGGGCAGUGAUCGUGGUGGAUGUACCUGUUGCAGCCAGACCUUACACCAUCUAUGAGUCCCGGCUGCCUGUCAUGGGCGCGGAGGCUAGCGAGACGGGUGUUUUGCGCAUGUACACCCGAACCAUGGUCAGAUCAUUCCCCCCUCUCCCCCUCGCUCUCCCCUCCGCCAGCCCGGCUGCAUCCUUCGCCUACACCUUCAAGACAGACCUAACCACCGAUGAGGCCCCCGAAAUCGCUUGUUCUAUUCUGACUCGCGCGUUUCCUGCCGUCCCUUGA